AUGGAUCAGAACCGCCCAACGCUUUCCACGCUGCCCAAUGAGCUUCUCGCCAUGAUCAUCGAGGAGCUGGUGGACGAGAGCAGCAAGCACAGCGGUGGACCUUCCAUCAAAGCCUGCCGUUUGGUCAGCCGCCAGUUUUGCGACGUCAGCUCUCGCUGGCUUAUUCCCUCGGUCAAAGUCGGGCACAGUAAUGAUUCUCUGGCGCGACUGGAUGCGAUAUCACGACACCCGGCGAUUAGUCGUGGUGUUAGGACGAUAGAGGUGGUGCUGUCUUCGUAUUCUACUUUCUGGAAUCCUCUUGGGGGGAAAAGGGAGUUUAUCGACUUUCAGCGGAAGGUCUUGGCGAACCGGGCAAAGAUUUUUGAGGUUGGCAAGAUUAUUACUAUGACUGAGAAGGAUAAUGCAAUAUUGAGAAAGGUGCAUGAGGUGUUGAGGUGUUGGCUGUAUUUCCAAGAACCGAAACGACAGCCGGAGCCGGGGGCUGAUUUGGCGCUUCACCGGGAGUGUAUGGACAGGUAUUUUGGGGAGUUUCAGAGGCUGGCUUAUGAGGAGAAAGUGCUGGUGGAUCAAAGGGCGAUGGGGACGGCGGUUGCUGAGGCGUUGAGCCGGAUGCCGUGGGUGGCUGGGCUGAGGUUUGAUGAUACUUGUCAUUACGGCAGACGGAGGCGGGGGCUUUCGUGGGAAACGCCCGAGACGGUGGUUGAGGGGAUUUAUGAGAAUACGCUGUUGCCGUUGACGAGGAGGGAUCUCGAGGCGAGAGGGUCUGUUAUUGUUGAUGAGAUUCCUUUUUAUCAUCAUGCCUCGGGGCUGGUGGCCUCGCCUCGUCCGCUCUCGGAGACUAUUCCUCGUGUUUUGGCUGCUGUGGGGGGUGUUGAUCAGGUAGAGCUCAAGAGGCUCGUGGUGAACGUGGACUUGAUUGAUUUGAGGGGGGUUUUCAGGGAGGUUUCUGAUUUGCGAGAGAAGCUUACAGCUGCCACGAGGAGGUUGACAGACAUUUCGAUCCAGCAGAAGGCUGGGUAUGACGAUAGGUCUUUUUGGGGACUCUGUUGUACAUCGCCAAACCUUAAACACUACUCGGUGGUACUGGAGCUGGGAUCACAUGCGUUGGACCCGUUGCUGGAAGGGCCUGGUUCGAAUGAGGAACGGAAAAACUUGACGGUUAUCCAGGUGAAGGGUGCUAGAAUGACCGUCAGCACCCUGAAGCGGUUUCUUGACAUUAUCCCAGAUGUCCUGGACCGCGUGGAGUUGGUGGGUGUCGAGGUGGUUGGGGGAGGUUGGCGGGAGGUUUUGGAUAUGCUCCGAGCGAAGACUUACCGGCAGACGGGGGACUGGCCGUACCCUGUGAGAAUCUCUCAGGCUGUUAGCCCCCAUCCGAACCAUGAGUUGCACCCAACGUUUGAGUGGGUUUUCCAGAGCGAUGCGACGUGGGAGCCGAGCGAUGCCGACGUGUAUGUCAUGAGACAGUCGGGGGUCAACCCGUUUGCUCCGGAGGCAGGGAAGUUUCCUUUGGGAGGUAUUGUCAAGUGGUAG